CACACAUACACACAUACACAGGCACACACACAUUAUUCUGACGGUGUGCUGCUGGAGAGGCAGGGCUCUGGUUUCAUUCGAGCUUCAGGCAGCCGCUAUGUUAGAGCCUUGUGUUUGCGUGCGGUGGCUACUGGGUGCUUGACAACAAAGAUAUCAUCUCGGAAAAAAACAAAAUGAAGACCAGGAGAAGCUGACGACUCUGGAUUGUUGUUUCACUUUCACUAUGGAUUCAGCUUUGGAGACGCAGACAUAGACUUUUACAAGAGACCGUUUCUGAGGAGAUAAGAUCUAAGAGGACACUGAGGUUUGGACUGAGCUCCCUCAGCCAAUGGCUACUACAAUAGAAACCAAAGGUACCAGCAGCAGCUGCAGCAGUGCUGCAGGACUCUCAUGGGCACGGGUCUGUAAGGAGUGUGGCCAGCAGCAUGAGGGCCAGGAGAGUCACCUGUAUGAGUACCAGGACGAGGUGGACGACGAGCUGGUCUGCCACAUCUGUCUGCAGCCUCUGCUCAAACCCAUGGACACCCCUUGUGGCCACACUUAUUGCUUUCACUGUCUGAGCAACUUCUUAAAAGAGCAGGACUUCUGCCCUGUGGACCGCCAGCGGCUGCAGUUGCAUCAGUGCCGUCCCUCCAGCCUGCUGGUCAGGAACCUACUGGAUAAGCUGGUGGUAAUGUGUCCUCACUUCGACGAGUGCCAGCAGCAGAUGCAGCGCUGUGAACUUCAGCCUCACUUGCACAACAGAUGUCCUGUUUUCAGAAGACUGAAGGAGGAAGCCGAGAAAAGGAAGAGGCCCUCGUGGAAUGAGUUAAAGGGACGCAAGAGUGACGGGGAGUCGCCCGGUGAUGCUAAACACUCGGCAACGUUGUCUGCUCGAAAUCCCAGCCGGGAUCAGCCUGAGCCUGGGCUGAUUAAUCCUGCCUAUGAGGAGAGUGAGGAUGAUAACACCCCUCUGCGGUCUAGUCUGGUGGCCGAGGCCAACAUGGUGGAACUGUUCAGAGAGGAGCCGGAGGAGGAGCUUGGCUUCCGCAUCGUGGGGGGGAAAGACACACCGCUGGGGAACAUAGUGAUCCAGGAGAUUGUCCGGGACUCACUGGCAGGGCGUGAUGGCAGACUGGCCCCAGGGGACCAUAUCUUAGAGGUGAAUGAUAUCAGCUUGGCUUCAGUCCCCCACGCACGGGCCGUCGCAGUGCUGCGGCAGCCCUCCCUCCUCAGACUCACAGUCAUGCAGGAGAAAGGUUUCAAAACAAGGGAUCCACGGUCUGAUCAUCACGCUCCCUCGUCCACCACCUCCACCGCCCUGCAGCCCUCUCAGAGUCCCCACGCCAACGCUACCUCCAGCCACAACCCCGGCACGGUCCUGCAGGUGACGCUGAUGAAGAGUCAGCGCAGCGAACCGCUCGGAAUCAAACUCAUCCGCAAAUCGGACGAGAGCGGGGUUUUCAUCCUGGACUUGUUGUCUGGGGGUUUGGCAGCAAAAGAUGGAAAACUGAGGAACAAUGACAAAGUGUUGGCCAUUAAUGGACACGACCUCAGACAUGGUACACCGGAGAGCGCUGCCCAGAUCAUACAGGCCAGUGAGGUACGUGUGAACUUUGUGGUGAUGAGACCUGCAGAGACUCAGGAGGACGGAGGAAGCAGCAGAGAGGGACAACAGGGACGAGCAGCGAGGAGGGCGCCCGAGCCCCAGUACUUCAGACGACAGUCCACAUACAUGAAGGAUCCCCCGGGUGGGUUUUCCAGCCAUGAGAAGACUGUGAGUCUGAAGAAGGAGCCUCGGCUUUCACUGGGCAUCACCAUUGCCGGGGGGAGGGACUGUCGCAGCCGCCUGCCUGUUUACAUCACAAGUGUGCAGCCUGUCGGCUGUCUGCACCGAGAUGGAACCAUCAAAAAAGGUGACAUUCUCCUGAGCAUCAACGGUGUGGAUCUGACCCAGUUCACCUACAACGAGGCCGUGUCGGUGCUGAAGGCUCAGACAGCUCAGUCCCAGGUGGUGCUGCGAGUCAUCCAGACGCUCUCCGAUGACUCAGAGGAGGAAACCGAGGCCGCCACCAUGGACGAACUGGACCUUAUGGACGACCCGCGAGAUGACGCCCUCAACUGGACGCCGCUGUGGACUCGCUGGUUGGGAUUACCGAGUCACAUGCACUGGUGCCGGGACAUCGUCCUGCAGAAGACCAACAACGAGAGCUGGGGCUUCAGUAUCGUCGGGGGGUACGAGGAGAGCCACGGCCAGCAGCCUUUCUUCAUCAAAACCAUUGUGCCUGGUACACCUGCUCAGUUUGACGGGCGCCUCAAGUGCGGUGAUGAGAUUGUGGCGGUGAACGGAUCCACAACGGUGGGAAUGAACAACUCGUCUCUCAUCCCAAUGCUCAAGCUGCAGAGGAACAAAGUCACGCUGACUGUGGUGUCGUGGCCCGGGAGCCUAGUGUAGAACACACAUGAGCACGUUCACUCUCUAAUCCUUUCUCUCUCUCUCUCUCUUUCUCUCUCUCACACACACACACACACACACACAAUCUGCCCUGUUCAGCUGCAUUCUUGACUGGGCCACUCAUUGACUCUUCCAUAUGUAACUCACUGUUUGGUUACGUUCUUGUUCGGGCUUUUGAUUGGUCAUGUAACACGUGUGUACAUACGAGCCGUCCUGUGUGCAGGUGCCUGUUCGUGUCAGUGUCUGGUGAACUCGCAGGGCAGUGGAACCAGGGUGCAAAGAUAAUGACAAUCGGUGAAGUACUAAAAAAGGCUACGGACGAACUGGAAGGAUUGUGGUUCUUCUUUUCAGACGCCGGUUUUACCCUCUUCUGAAGCUUUAUCUAUAUUUUAGCUUAAAUACGUUGGAUGAUGUUAUGGUUUAGUGGUGACUUGAUUCAAGUGAUUCACAUAAACAGAAUCCAAAGAUGAAAGGUAGAUCUGACAGAACAUGUAGAAAGUUAUGUAU